AUGCUUAGUAGAAUUUCCUUGAUCUCAAGUCUGCUCGUUCUCGCACCAUUGCACGCGCUGGCUAAAGAAUGCUUUGCCCCGGAUGGAUCCGUCGCCGACCACACGUACCGGCCAUGUAUUGCAAUCGACGGCGUAGAGUCCAUGUGCUGCUCGCUGAACUCAACCACCCCUGAUACAUGUCAUCCGAACGGUCUAUGUUUGAGCAGUGCAAACAGCACAUACGGCUCAAACUACUGGAGGGACUUCUGUACUGACAAGACAUGGGAUAGUCCCAAUUGCCUAAGCAAGACACUCUGCGACAAGAACGCUGGCGGAUCCUCAAGCUGGACAUCUCGACUCACGAUAUGCGAUAAUGGCGCGUAUUGCUGCGGUACAGAUAAGAGUUGCUGCUUGGAGGGCACAACAUUUACGCUCGCGGCUACACUAGUCGACAUUGGGAACCACAGUACUGCGACUGCGACUGCGACUGCGACUGCAACUGUGACUGCAACCGCCACCGUGACAUCAAAGGUCUCAGGAUCAUCAACUGUGGCCAUUGGGGUCGGUGUAGGGGUCCCAUUGGCAGUUCUUGCCCUUGCAAUGCUGGGAGCAGGCUUCUUUUGGGGGAGGAGAAAAGCACAGGAGAAAUACAAUGCGUUAGGCGGUGCCCAUGCGGAUGUAAAGGCGGGAGAGUAUAUACGAUCAGGAAUAUGGCAUGCCGACUCAAAUCCGCUCUAUGAGGUUUCAGGUCAGGGAUCGCCCAGUGAACUGCCCGGGAGCAAAGCACCAAUGCGAUAG